GGAUGUUUCCCCCUUUCGGCUGCCGACGAAGUGACAGGCGGAGGAAAAUGCUGAGGUGCCGCCGAGCCGCUCCUGCUGGCGGCCGAAGCGGGUGGCGGGCUGCGCUGGGGCUGCCUUCCCUGAGCAGGAGCGGCGGCGGCGGCGGCGGCGGCGUUGGCGUUGGUCCUGGCAGCCUUGCCCGGGAGGCGAGUGGAGGGGCGGCGGCGGCGGCCGGCUGUGUGUGAGCGCCCAGCGGAGCCAGGGCGAGGACCACCGAUUCCCGAGAGACGCGCGGAGAAGACCAAGCUUUAGAAAUGAUGUGUGAAGUGAUGCCCACGAUAAACGAGGACACCCCGAUGAGUCAAAGGGGGUCCCAGAGCAGUGGCUCGGACUCGGAUUCUCACUUUGAGCAGCUUAUGGUGAAUAUGCUAGAUGAGAGGGACCGUCUCUUGGACACACUUCGAGAGACGCAGGAAAGCCUUUCUCUGGCCCAGCAACGCCUCCAGGAUGUCAUCUACGAUAGAGAUGCUCUCCAGCGGCAGCUCAACUCUGCACUGCCCCAGAUGACGGUUGCUGCUGGUACGAGCAUUGAGAAUAACAUUCAAAGGACCAUAUCCUGCCCUAAUAUGAACAAUGCAGACCAAUGCAGCUACUGUUCUGGAAAACAGGAAUUUGCUGCACUUACAAAAGAGCUAAAUGCAUGCAGGGAACAACUACUGGAAAAAGAAGAAGAAAUUUCUGAACUGAAAGCUGAAAGGAAUAACACAAGACUGUUACUGGAACAUUUGGAGUGCCUUGUUUCAAGACAUGAAAGGUCGCUGAGAAUGACAGUGGUGAAACGGCAAGCACAGUCCCCCUCAGGAGUCUCCAGUGAAGUCGAGGUUCUGAAAGCACUGAAAUCGUUGUUUGAACACCACAAGGCUUUAGAUGAGAAGGUAAGGGAACGACUGAGGGUUUCUUUAGAAAGAGUCUCAGCACUUGAGGAGGAACUAGCAGCUGCUAAUCAGGAGAUUCUAGCUUUGCGUGAACAAAAUGCACACAUUCAAAGGAAAAUGGCAUCAGGAGAGGGUCCUACUGACUCAGAGCUUAUCAAAGGAAUGGAGCCUGGACAAAAAGUUCAUGAAAAGCGUCUGUCAAAUGGCUCCAUAGACUCAAAUGAUGAGACCAGCCAAUUGGUGGAGCUGCAGGAACUUCUUGAAAAGCAAAAUUAUGAAAUGGCACAGAUGAAGGACCGCUUGGCUGGAUUGUCUUCCAGAGUCGGGGAGGUAGAGCAAGAUGCAGAGACAGCUAGGAAAGACCUCAUUAAAACUGAAGAACUGAACAGCAAAUAUCAGAGGGACAUUAGGGAGGCAAUGGCUCAGAAGGAAGACAUGGAAGAAAGGAUCACUACCCUUGAAAAGCGUUACCUAAGUGCUCAGAGGGAAUCCACCUCCAUACAUGACAUGAAUGAUAAGCUGGAAAAUGAGCUGGCAAACAAAGAAGCUCUCCUGCGUCAGAUGGAAGACAAAAAUAGACAGCUGCAGGAACGGCUUGAACUAGCUGAGCAAAAGCUGCAACAAACAAUGCGGAAAGCUGAAACCUUGCCUGAAGUGGAAGCUGAACUGGCUCAGAGAAUCGCAGCCCUGACUAAGUCUGAUCCAACCUCUUCUACCUCAUCUGAUGAUUAUCAAUAUGUUAUGGAAGCUAAACUGCAAGAAAUGAUCUCCAUACGUAGGAAGGCAGAAGAAAGGCAUGGCAACAUUGAAGAGCGCAUGAGACACUUGGAGGCCCAACUGGAGGAGAAGAACCAGGAGCUUCAAAGAGCAAGGCAAAGAGAAAAAAUGAAUGAAGAGCACAACAAGAGAUUAUCAGAUACUGUGGACAGACUUUUGACAGAAUCUAAUGAGCGCCUGCAGCUACAUUUAAAAGAGAGAAUGGCAGCAUUGGAAGAAAAGAAUGUUUUAAUACAAGAAUCAGAAAGCUUUAGGAAGAACUUGGAAGAAUCAUUACAUGAUAAGGAAAGAUUGGCAGAUGAAAUAGACAAGCUGAGAGUUGAACUUGACCAGUUGAAAAUAAGAGCAGGUUCUUUAAUUGAUCCCACGUUAUCAAGACCACAUCUUGAUUCAUCAGCAGAGCUGAGGUACUCUGUGAGCUCCCUAGUUGAUAGCCAACCAGAUUAUAGGUCUACUAAGGUGAUAAGAAGACCUAGGAGAGGCCGUAUGGGAAUCCGCAGAGACGAACCAAAGGUGAAAUCUCUUGGAGAUCAUGAAUGGAGCAGAAGUCAACCGAUGGGUGUUCUAAGCAGCCAUCAUUUUGAGAGUGACACUGAAAUGUCUGACAUUGAUGAUGACGACAGAGAUACAAUAUUUAGCUCCAUGGAUCUUCUGUCACCAAGUGGACAUUCUGAUGCCCAAACCCUUGCUAUGAUGCUUCAGGAACAACUGGAUGCAAUCAACAAAGAAAUCAGGUUAAUCCAAGAGGAAAAAGAAUCAACGGAAUUGCGUGCUGAAGAAAUAGAAAAUAGAGUAGCCAGUGUAAGCCUAGAAGGCUUAAACCUGGCCAGGGUCCAUCCUGGCACAUCCAUUACUGGCUCCAUUACAGCUUCCUCCCUUGCAAGUUCUUCUCCUCCAAGUGGGCAUUCUACUCCGAAACUCACUCCCCGCAGCCCAGCCAGGGAGAUGGAUCGUAUGGGCAUCAUGACACUGCCGAGUGAUCUCAGGAAGCACCGGAGAAAGAUCGCAGUCGUCGAAGAAGAUGGGCAUGAAGACAAAGCCACAAUAAAAUGUGAAACCUCCCCUCCUCCAACACCUAGAGCCAUUAGAAUGACUCAUACUCUACCUUCUUCAUACCACAAUGAUGCUAGAAGUAGCUUGCCUGCAUCCUUGGAGCCAGAAAGCAUUGGUCUUGGCAGUGUCAGUAGCAGCCAGGAUUCCCUACACAAAGCUCCCAAGAAGAAAGGAAUCAAGUCUUCAAUAGGACGUUUGUUCGGUAAAAAAGAGAAGGCUCGACUUGGACAGCUCAGAGGUUACAUGGAAACAGAAGCUGCAGCACAGGAAUCUCUGGGAUUAGGCAAACUGGGAACUCAGGCAGAGAAAGACCGAAGACUAAAGAAAAAGCAUGAACUCCUGGAGGAAGCUCGGAGGAAGGGCUUGCCUUUUGCACAGUGGGAUGGGCCCACAGUGGUUGCGUGGCUAGAGUUGUGGCUGGGAAUGCCCGCCUGGUAUGUUGCUGCUUGCCGUGCAAAUGUGAAAAGCGGUGCCAUUAUGUCUGCCUUGUCAGAUACUGAAAUUCAGAGGGAAAUUGGAAUCAGCAACCCUCUUCAUCGCCUAAAGCUCCGUCUGGCAAUCCAGGAAAUGGUAUCACUCACAAGCCCAUCGGCCCCUCCAACAUCUAGAACGCCCUCAGGCAAUGUUUGGGUGACCCAUGAAGAAAUGGAAACUCUUGCUGCUCCAGCUAAAACGAAAGAGAAUGAGGAAGGCAGCUGGGCUCAGACUCUUGCUUAUGGUGACAUGAAUCAUGAAUGGAUUGGUAAUGAAUGGCUUCCUAGUCUGGGAUUGCCACAGUAUCGAAGUUACUUCAUGGAGUGUUUGGUGGAUGCAAGGAUGUUAGAUCACCUGACAAAAAAAGAUCUCCGGGUACACUUAAAAAUGGUGGAUAGCUUUCAUCGAACAAGUCUGCAGUAUGGAAUCAUGUGUUUAAAGAAACUGAAUUAUGACAGACAAGAACUAGAAAGGAGAAGAGAAGCAAGUCAGCAUGAAAUAAAAGAUGUGUUGGUAUGGAGUAAUGACAGAGUCAUACGCUGGAUACAAGCAAUUGGAUUGCGAGAAUAUGCAAACAAUGUGUUAGAAAGUGGGGUGCAUGGAUCGCUCAUAGCCCUGGAUGAUAACUUCGAUUACAGCAGCUUAGCUUUGUUAUUGCAGAUUCCAACACAGAAUACACAGGCACGGCAGAUCCUUGAGAGAGAAUACAACAAUCUGUUAGCACUAGGAACAGAUAGACGACUUGAUGAAAGUGAUGACAAGAAUUACAGGCGAGGUUCUUCCUGGCGAAGACAAUUCCCCCCACGUGAAGUCCAUGGAAUCAGCAUGAUGCCGGGCUCCUCAGAAACACUGCCAGCUGGGUUCAGAUUAACCACAACAUCAGGACAGUCACGAAAAAUGGCAACUGAUGUGGCGUCAGCGCGGUUGCAGAGACUAGACAGCUCGACGGUUCGCACGUAUUCGUGCUGACAAGGCUGGCAUGGAAAAAAGGAUGGAGGUGAACUCAUAUGCCAACUCUUCUACUUUUACCUGAAGUGCACUACCACCACGUUAUGAAAAGAAGCUUUUUAUUCAAGAACAGGGUAUAAGGAAGUACACUAGAAUAUUUAUCAGACUAAACUACAUGGAGAUCUUUUUACAAAUUGCGUUUUAAGGUGCAACCUGCCAAGUACUACCAUCAUGCAACUCUAAUUCAUUUCAGUGGAGGUAACAUAAGUUUCAGACAGCCCUAUUGAAAUGACUAAGGAAUGUGCAGCAACAGUACUGGCCGGACUGCGCCCAUUGGGUAGUUCAAUAAGGUAAUACUUACUAAUUAAGUUUUUUUAAAAAAUAAAAAUAAACCCCAAUGUAUCUAUCAUCAUAAAUUUGAUUGAAGUGCAGGAAAGCUUUUAUCAAAAGGAAACACUCAUUUUUAAACUUGUUUCAUCUGUUUUAUUGUAAAAUACUAGAAUUUAUGUAUUUACUGUGUAUGUAUUUCUUUUAAUAUGUGUAAGUCUCAUGUAAAUGGAUAUAAAUAUGAUUUUUUAAAAGAAAUUAAAUCUAUGGUACAUGGGGUCUUAGUGCAAACACUUGACAAUACAGUGUCAACAAUACUGUUUGUAUCCUUCCAUUCCACCAUUUUUACAGUUUUGAAUUGUAGCAAAGUCAAUUGGAUAUGUUUAGCAGAGUUAUUAGAUGCUUCAACAUGUUCCUACUUUUUAAAAGAAAUCUGUCAAUAUUUAAAGCUCAACACCUGCCUCUGAUGAUUUACAAAAGAAAGAUUUGAGCCAAAAAUGGACCUCUAAAGGCAAAACACAAUUGUUAUAUAUACUUGUAGAAAAGCACUGUGACGGCUCUCCUUUUUAAUAUCAACAAGAUCAAAAAUCAACUAUAGGAUGUUAACAAGAGACAUUCUCCUCAAUGGCUACUUAUGGACCAAGAAGAAACUAGCUUUUUCUAGGACUCACGUUUUGCCUUCCAAAUUCUUCAGAUGCUGGCCAACGUUGGCAUAGAACAAACAUCAAGGGGAAAUAAAUCCUGAUCUUCAAGUUUUCAGUUAUAUAGAAAAAUGCUGCCCUCCAUUUCUUCAUUAUAAUAGGCAUUAGACAGCUGAUUGUCUAAUAACAUGUUUAUCCAAGACGGCCUUGCUGAGACUUCUCGGAAGUCAACCUUAUCAGAGGAACUAACUGAAAGGCAGAAAAGUUAAUAUAUAAUGUACAAAAGCUUAGAGAAGAAACUAUUAUCUGCUGUGGCUUUAUUUGGUGGUGUUAUUGAUGUUUAUUCUUUGUUUAUAUGGGAAGUUUCAAAGUAAGACCUAUUUAAUAAUGUCAUUUACCUUCUAUUUGCUAAUCUCCCACUGCCUGAUCUUAGCUUCAGACCUGUCUUUUGGUUAUUCCUUUCAGCAGGUUGAUCUGCAAAACAUCUGCACGUACAUUUGUUUUACUGCGUUUUUGUUUUGCUUUUUUUACUUAAACAGACCUCAGUUAACCAAAUGGUGACAGAUUCUUUUUCUCCCCCGUUGUCAAUAAAAGAAAAUCAGUGCUG